AUGGAGGAAGCAGACACCGCGGAGGUUAUAGACAGCUGGCCCUAUGGAGAAGGCUCCCGCCUGUCUGUGCUGCGGCCCAGCAGCAGCAGCAGCAGCAGCAACAGCAGCAGCAGCGAGAGCAACAGCGCUGUUGCUGCAGGAGAUUCAUCUUGGGCGGGCAAAUGGUUGUAUGCUGCAGUGACAACUGCUGCACUUCCUGCUGCUGCUGCAACAUCUCUGCUGCAGCAGCUGCAGCGGCAGCACCAGGCGCUGCAGCAGAACUGCAGCAGCAGCAGCAACAGCAGCAACAAGAGCAGUGUAUUCGUCGCAGCUAAUUUAAAAGAAUGGAUGCAGCAGCUGCUGCUGCAGCAGCAGCAGCAGCUGUCCUCUGCAGCCAUUUCCCUACCACAGAGCAUUUGCAUGCUGCAGCAGCAGCAACAGCAACGGCAGCAGCAGAAGCAGCAGCAGCUAUCCCCUUUAGGUGGUCGCUCGCUGCUGCAGGAUGCAUGGGGUAUAUCUUCCCGUAAAGGUAUUCAGCAGCAGCAACAGCAGCAGCAGCUACGCCUGCAGCAGCCAGGUGGCUCUGCUCUUCAGGAACUCAGCAGCAGCAGCAGCAGCAGCAGCAGCAGCAGCAGCACGGCCUUGUGCAAUAUUAGGAGUGCGCCACAACCCCUAUAUCACCCCAACUCUGCUGAACCAGAAGCAGCAGCAGCAGCAACAACGGCAGCAGAUGCAUGCAGCAGCUGGGGAUUCAGCAGCAGCAUCUGGCCCUUUUCCCCUGGAGGGCAGAAGCAGCAGCAGCAGCAGCAGCAGCAACAGCAGCAGGGGGAGGCGAGUGCCUCAAGCUGGUGGCUGCUGGACCACACAAUGUUAGGAACAGCAGCAACAACAGCAGCAACACCAGCAGCAGCACCAGCAACAGCAGCAGCAGCAGCAGCAGCAGCAGCAGCAGCAGCAGACAGCGAUAUUGCUGCAAUAGAUGACACUUGCCGUCAAGCAGAAUCUCUUUGUGCGCUGCUAGCGGAGAAUUUGCUGCUGCAGCAGCAGGCGUCAGCAGCAGCAGCAGCAGCAGCAACAGCAGCAACGGAAACAACUGCAGCAGCACAGACACACAGAGGGCAAGCAGCAGCAAUAAGAAGAAAAGAACAAAUAAGAGCAACAAGAAAAUACUUUAUAGUUGCUGCUGUUGCUGCUGCUGUCUUCUUGCUGCAACGUGCAUGCAGGUAA